CGCCUAAUCUGUGAACAUUAGCGCCUAACACCUUUCCUCCCACUCCGAUCAUCUACAUGGCAUCCUUAAUCGCCAUCCUCGACCUCAAAGGCAAACCGCUCAUUCAACGAUCCUAUCGAGAUGACGUGCCUCCUUCAUACGUUGAACGUUUUCUACCCAUUAUACUCGAAAUCGAGGAGGAGGGCCAGCAGGUUACACCGUGUUUCUCCAGGGAGGGUGUCAAUUACAUGCAUAUUAGACAUUCAAACUUGUAUCUUCUCGCGUUAUCCAGGAGAAACUCGAAUGCCGCCGAGAUAAUUAUCUUUCUGCAUCGACUCAGCCAAGUCUUAGUUGAGUACUUCAAAGAACUCGAAGAGGAGUCUAUUCGGGAUAAUUUCGUGAUAAUCUACGAACUCAUGGAUGAGAUGAUGGACUUUGGCUACCCGCAAACCACUGAGAGCAAAAUCCUCCGAGAAUAUAUCACACAGGAGUCCCACAAACUCGAAAUCCAAGUCCGCCCUCCGAUUGCUGUUACCAAUGCCGUUUCCUGGCGAUCAGAAGGCAUCAAAUACAGGAAGAAUGAGGUUUUCUUAGAUGUUGUCGAAAGUGUAAACUUAUUGGUUAAUACUGCUGGAACCGUCAUACGUUCAGAAAUCCUCGGUGCUGUUAAAAUGAAGUGUUAUCUUUCUGGAAUGCCAGAGCUUAGACUAGGACUCAAUGACAAGGUCAUGUUCGAGAGUACGGGCAAAACUGCACGAGGAAAAUCCAUCGAAAUGGAAGACGUCAAAUUCCACCAGUGUGUUCGUUUGGCCCGGUUCGAGAACGACCGCACAAUUUCCUUCAUUCCACCUGACGGAGAAUUUGAGCUCAUGAGCUAUCGUAUAUCUACUCCUGUAAAGCCUCUAAUCUGGGUUGAAGCUGCCAUUGAAAGCCAUCGAGGCUCAAGAGUUGAAUACAUGGUCAAAGUUGUGGCUCAAUUCAAACGACGGUCGACUGCAAACAAUGUUGAGAUAUAUGUUCCCGUUCCCGAUGACGCGGACUCUCCGAAGUUCAGGGCAUCAACGGGAUCUGUACAAUAUGCACCAGACAAGUCAGCAUUCGUUUGGAAGAUCAAGCAACUGGCCGGUGGAAAAGAGUUUCUCAUGAGAGCACAUUUUGGCCUUCCCAGUGUCAAAAACGAGAACGAUCCGCCUCCUCGCGCGCCUAUCACUGUUAGAUUCGAGAUACCAUAUUUCACCGUCUCAGGCAUUCAGGUACGAUAUCUCAAAAUUGUUGAAAAAUCUGGAUAUCAGGCUUUGCCUUGGGUGCGAUACAUUACGCAGAAUGGAGAUGAUUAUAGGCAUUGCUUACGAACAGCAUCAGAAAAGGGAACAGCAGCUCCAAUACGGUCUUUGUAGAACCUCAUGUAGCCAGAUAUCAUGUAGCUUACUGAAAUCGAGCCUCAACUUGAUUCUUGAAAGUUCUGAAUUUUACCGGAGUGACACAGUCUGGACUCUGGACGUAGUGGCACGU